CUGCAAUAGUAAUCAAAUUGUUCCUCACUUAGCUAACAAUCAGGUUGUGUUGUUUAAAUAUAGCUAUACGUGUCCAAACAGAAGUCCUGUUCUGUGUCUUCUACAUCUGGUCAUCUUUUCAUUUAACCCCUUCAUUUUCCCACAAAAAAAAAAAAAAAAACCUGAAGUAAAACGAUGGCUGACAAACCAGAUAUCAGUGAGAUCUCUCAGUUUGACAAGACCAAGCUGAAGAAGACUGAGACAAAAGAGAAGAACACACUUCCAACUAAAGAGACCAUUGAACAGGAGAAACAAUGUGAGGCAUAAACUAUCUUCACCAAGGGCAAGAUGUGGAGAACUGUGAGAUGGCAGGCCACUUGAAGCAGAAGAUGGCUUCUUCAACCACCAGUCACUAUAGUCCUAGGCUGGAGUGGAACAUUUGCCCUCAUAGUUUUAACUUGUGUAUCAGACCAUCCUGAAAGAUGACUGUCUUCAUGAUGAUGAUCACUAGUAUGAUCAUGUGUCACUGAAGAGGCAGUCAGCUUUGCACUGAGGCUGUCUAACGCUAUUCUUUUGUAGAUCCAUUGGAAUGAAGAAAAUAAGUUUUAUUUGCCCUCUUCUUCGGUGAAAUAAACCUUUCAAAUGAA